UUUUUCUCUGCUCAAACUUUAUCGGCAUUUCAUUUGCCACCACUUUUCAGCUUUUAGAGACAUUCACACAAAAAGUGAGGUUCCUACUACCACCAGCGAGAGAAAGCCCUUCACUUCCCCAAAUUACCUCUGAGAGCUUAACAAUUUCAUGGAAGACUUGGGAUCCAAAGCGUAUGGAGAUGUGAAAAUGCAGCAUAUAGAAAGCUACAAGGGACCCAAUUCGUCGUAUGGGAAUGGCAUCCACAGCAGGCAAGAUCUCAGUUGUUACAGUGCUUCCCACGCUUCAACAGUGCGACAACGGCAGACCCAGGUGCAGAAUACCGACGCCAAGUUCAGAAAAGGAAAGUCCGGGUGUUGUUCGAAAAGCUGGAGUUUAAAUGAUCCGGAAUUGCAGAGGAAGAAGAGGGUAGCAAGCUAUAAGGUUUACGAUGUUGAGGGAAGAGUAAAAGGGUCUUUGAAGAAGAGUUUUAGGUGGCUCAAGGAUAGGUACACCAGGAUUGUUUAUGGGUCUUACUUUGAAUAGAUGUAUCACUCUCUAACGAAACGCUCCUCUUCUCGUCUUAACAUUAAUCUUCAUUUGGUGUUCUGCAAGUAAUUUAAUCGCCAUUUGGUGUUCUGCAAGUAAUUGAGGCUUAUUUCGUCUUCUUAAAAA